CACUUUAUUUCCAGUAAUUUAUCGUUUCUUUAUUUCAAAUAUCAAGCACAAGUAAUUUACCCUAUGUUGUCCUUGGUGGUAGUGUUUGUUGGCUUCUUAUGAUAUGACUAAUAAAAAUCCAGCCCCUCGGUUAACCCGUUUUCUCCUCGUUCACCAUUUUAAUCAAGUUAUGCCAGAUAGAAGCCCUACCGCCUUUUUGGUCGUCUAUCUCGAGGCAACACUUCAACAUACUUUUUCUUAAGAAUGCGAGCGUACUGAACACACAAAAAGUCACACAACACGCUUUACUUACCAUAGCAAGCCUUCUAUCAAUUUUAAAGAACUACAGGUCCUUCUUAUUCACACAUUUUAUGAGCUCAUAAACUUAUAGUCAUGCUGUGUGCAGGAAUACCGUCUAUAGAGUCAGUUGCUUUUACAGUGCUAUGCUGGUAGUGGCGUUUCGCGGAAGUGUUCCCAGACUGAAGAUGUUUAAGCCUUGGCUACGGUACAGGUGAUUUCGCCUGAGUUGUCACGUCUUUCUCUUAUUAGCUGUUGAACAGAACAUAGCCACAAGUUAGGAGGUCAUUGAGGCGAGCCCUGGACAAUUGAAGGUAGUGGCCGUAAGCUUACCGAGCGUACACCACCGAAUAGUGCCGUGACGCCUAUUGAAAACUGUGAUGUUUCAAUCUAGCUGAACCCGCUCCUUCAUCGCACUUCUUCGGUGAACACAGGGCGAAAGCGUAUGCGGUGCGGACGAUUUUUCUAUGGCAUUCACGGUAAAAUAUGAGUAGCUAUGCAGGGUGUCACUCAGAUUUAAGUUUUUGGCUAAGUGCGAGCGUUCCGAAAACAUUGCAUCUCUUACCACUGAACACUGUGUUGAAGAACUCCAAAGAUGUCCACCUCGGUGCAUACGUGCGCCGAGGCGGACGUCGACGUACACAGUGACGUCAGCGCACAUUUCAUGUGUCCCAGUUUUUCUCUUUUGCGGUUUCGUAUGACAUAUAAUUUUGUCUUUCAUCUCGGCGUUGGUUGUAUACAUACUCUUUUUGGUAGUGCGACCGAACUUUCUUUUACAAACGGCUAAUCAGAGAGUCAACUGAAAGGAGCGUAGUCUAUGAGAACUUUGCUAAUCACUGGCAAUGUGUUUCGGUAGUUGCUGCUCCAGUUCGAAAGCACCUGCAUUGACAGACAUGUUGAAGCACACUACGCAGAAAACGAAGCGGAGUGGCGCGGGCCUUCAUGCAUUCCGUCAUUCGCUUUUCUCUCCCUUCUGAGUGCACUGUAGUCAGGUAUUCCAGAAUUCUGUAAGAAGGAGGAAAAAAAACGAAAUAAAGAGAGAAAAAAAUUUGGAAAUGCUGCACCGAAGGUUGCCACUGGUAGACGCGUCAUCCGUCAUCCGUGCAGAGGGAACACAGGCGCUAUUUGCUCCUUUCGACUUCUGCGCUUUAAGCAGAGCGCACUUUGGCAUUGAUCCAUUGGGUCGGGGCAAAAGUUUCGGCGCUACUGGCUGUGGUAAGUGCACGUAUAAGUGAAUGAAGCCCACGGCUGCCGCGCGAGACAUACAUCGGCCGUGUGCAAGAAGUGCAGCGCUUGAUCCGUCUGCUUCGCUCCGAGUGCGCAAUGAAGGCGUGCCGUUCCGCCGUUGGGCUCGCAUGCGUCCUGGUGCUGGUCGUCGAAGCCUGCUGCGCUGUCACUUUCGCCGAGUGGCGUAAGAAUUUGAUGAGCGUCAACCCUGGCUCACUGCAGCCGCAGUGCAAGAAAGUUUUCAAGGCCUGCAACGUGAAGUUGAUCAGCUUGGUCGGUGUGAUGGAGGCGCUCAAGCAGCACUGGGAGGAGUACACGGCGGUGCCAUGCGUGAAAGGGAUGCUAUCAAGGGCCUUCCCGGACUUCAGCGAAGAAUGUUCGAUGAGCGGAUUCUAUGGAAACUCAAUUAAAUGCAUGCAGUCACCAGAAGCCUUUGCGGUCAUCGGAAAGAAACAGCAGGAGGCCGUGGCACCAGCUUUCAAAUGCCUCAUCGACAACGCCCUGCCUUGAAGAACGUCGACGCAGCUGCAGAGACAAGGCUUUCAGUACAAGACUGAAUUUUCUAGACUUGCGCACUUCCAGAAGUGCUCUGCGACGACUUAAAAAUAAGAUCGUUUGGAAGUUUCGAGCACAUUAUUAGUUGACAAUCCGAUAUUAUGGCCGAGUCCACAUAACUAGUUAUUCCAUCAAGCAUGACGCACUUGCUCUUUAUUUUACUUUUACAAUAAAAAAUACUGUGCAAGACAUAUAGUUUUUUUUUAGUGGUGCCUGCCAAGCCGAAAAGAAUUGCGCGACCUCUGCUGCUAUUCGCAAUCCUCACUGGCAAGAAAAAAUAAUAAUAAUGAUCAGCAAGGGACUGAAGUAAAAUACAAAUUAAGCCUACUUUGUGCGGAUGUUCUGUGGCGUGUUGUAUUCCUAUAAUGACGUCGUUAUGGCCAUUUAAGAUCGUGGCGCGCAAUUCAACAGAAGUCUGGUCUUCAAAGAAACCUCCAAUUACCAGUCACAAAAGAAAUAAAAAAAAAAUGAAAAUAACAAAAGAAAUUAAAAAAAAGAAAGAGAAAGAUAGAACGAAACAAACAACGAGGUUAUGUUUCGGUAAAACGAGUUCUUGCGCGAGUUGGUCACUGAUGCAGGCAUUGCAGCGACUGUCCGUGUCUGUCAGUGUUCCUUUGUUUUGUGUGUGUUUUUUGGCACUGCUGUUAUGCCUGCAACGAGGUUAUGUGUUUGUGCGUUUGUUCAACCAAUAUAGCAUAACUACCAUACAUGCCUCAAUAUAGCUAUUGAGCAAUACAGCUUCGCUGGCCUUCCAACUUCACACAGUAGAAGGGUUCUGAAUUUUUUUCUACGGGAUACGUAACAAUAUCAGCGAAUAAAAUCCGCAUGGUAAACAGCA